GAUGCCCCAAGAUGGCUGGCCCGGGCAGCCAGCAGGUGUGUCAGUCUCCACAACACCUGUGUCUCUCGAGGGUGGCACUGUGCCUCUCCUCCCACCUCAGCCAUGCCUCGCCUGGCCUCCUCCCUGGCACUGGUGUGUGUGGCCGCCAUUCACGGAGCGCUGGCUGACGGGAGCUACGUGGAUCUGACCUACAGUUUCGACGAGAGUGCCAUGAAGUGGCCCUCUAGGCAGCCAUUCUCGAGGGAGGAGCAUGCCAGGGGCUACACUCCUCGAGGGUAUUGGUAUGAGUCAUACAGCUUCUGCAUGUCUGAGCACGCUGGUACUCACAUGGACGCUCCCUCGCACUUUGCCGAGGGCAAGUGGUCUAUUGACCAAAUUCCCAUCACUCACUUCAUGGGACAAGGUGUGGUAGUAGAUAUACAAGAUAAAGUAGAAAAUAAUCCAGUUGCUGAACUAACCUCUGAUGACCUGAUGACAUGGAUGGAUGAACAUGGUCCUCUUCCUGAUGGUGUUAUCCUCUUUGUGAGGACUGGCUGGGGGAAACGAUAUGGUAAUAAAACGGCAUAUUUUGGCACUGACACUAAUGAUACAAGCAACCUCAUCUUCCCAGGCAUCAACCCAGGAGCUGCACAGCUACUAACAGGAUAUGAAGCUGCAACAGGACGUCGGGUCUUUGGCGUAGGGCUGGAUACACCUUCUCUCGACAAUGGGCCGUCAACACUCUUCACAUCGCAUGUUGAACUCUUCACAGCUAACAUUUAUGGCUUGGAGAAUGUUGCAAACUUGGAGAAGUUACCGACCACUGGAUUCCAAGUAAUUGUUAUGCCCAUGAAGAUUCGGGGGGGCAGUGGUGCACCUGUACGCAUCAUAGCAACCCUUUCUGAUGCCAAUUCCACUUCACAUGCCAGUGCACCCAUGUCUCUACUGCACUUUACAGCCACUGUUUUCUUGUUAGUCUGUAGAUAUCUGCAAAGCUUGUAGUCAGGUUGUUCUCAACUGUUAAUUUUUUACAGGACAUGUGGUUGUCUCAUAGCAAGCACAGGACAUUACUUCCAUGUGGAAUACUGUAAUGCUUAUCUCAACUACAUUGCUAUGCAAUGUUUACUUGCAUUUGGUAUUAAAAUGUCAUGUGCCUACUUUUUUAAGGUCUUGGAAUUACCUGUAUUCAAUGAUACUGUAUAUAAUAUACGUACAGUACAUUUAAUUUAAAACUGGUUGGGGCAUAUAAUCAUCCCCAGAUACAAUAUUAUACAAAUGUACCUGACCAGUUGUACCUUAAGAUGCUGGACAAAAUAUGACUGCAAGCAAUGGGCAGGGAACUUGCUGUGCAGAUUUGACCAGCAUGUAAACACAGAUAUGACCAACUUUCACCCAAAAAAAAAAAUAAAACCUUUACAAAAAUGCCAUUUCAAUUUUACUUUCCAUGUAAGAUGUGAUUAUAGCUAAAGAAUAUAGCAUGAAAAGCUAAAGUUUAAGUUGUAUAUGAGGUACAAUAUUUUAGCUCAAUUGCUGCAUUCUUUUGGCCUUCAUCACAGUAUCCUACUUUAUCUUCAAAGCUUUCUCCUUUGUCACAUGUUUAUAAAGGUGAGGCUUGGUACUGCUUUCUGACAUUCAUCAAAAGUAUGAAGGUGUUCCCAGGUCAGUGUUUUUUAAGCACUAUGGUUUUUUUUUUUUUUUUUUUUUUUUUGCUGCUGGUCCUUAACGAUCUCUCCUUCCUCUUUUUCCCUAGGUAAACUCGUCUGAAGGUUUUGUACAUUUGAUGUAUGAAAAGUUACUGUAUUGCAUACAGUAGACUAUUGCUUUGAUAAAAAGCUAAAAGUAAUGAGUGAACUAUAGCUUUGUAAAGCUAGGUUAUGCCCAAAUAUAGUAAUGUAUUUUAAAAACAUUCUUAAAUGCAGUAUUUAUGAUCUGUAAUAUUUAAUAUUAUUUAUUGGAUACAUUUUACAUUAAUGUUACAAAGAUUUAACAUAAGAUUCUGAAGAGUCUGUCAAUAAAAUCUCAUUAUUGGUGUAGGAUCUGAAGCAAGCAUAAUAUUUUAUUUCUCUGAACUGUCGUAAUAUUUAGAGAUGUCUUUCUGCUCUGUGAUCUACCUCCAUUGUUGAAAGUUGUAUUUUUAAAAUCGGUAAACAUUGUAUUCCUUGGAAGAAAUAUAUAUUAUGGAUCCCAUUGUCAGGGACAAAAAGU